CCGGAAGUGACGCGUUCACCUGCCGAGCUGGGCGGGGCGCAGAGGUGCCUUCGCUGCUGCCACCGCCGGGAGCCAGUCGGGAGUGUACCAGGCUCUGGAAAAACCAGGGCUCCCAGCUGAGAGCCUUUACCUGCAAGCCACGACCCGACAGCUCUCAUGGCGCUUCUACUGUGCUUCGUGCUCUUGUGCGGGGUGGCGGAUUUUACCAGCGGUUUGAGAAUCACUACACCUGAACAGAAGGUCGAAAAAGCUAAAGGGGAAACUGCGUAUCUACCAUGCAAGUUUACUCUUGAUGCCGAAGACCAGGGACCACUGGACAUUGAAUGGCUGCUAUCCCCGUCUGAUAACCAGAAAGAGGAUCAAGUGAUCAUUUUGUAUUCUGGAGACAAAAUCUAUGAUAACUACUAUCCGGAUCUGAAAGGACGGGUACAUUUUACGAGUAAUGACGUCAAAUCUGGUGACGCAUCUAUAAAUGUAACCAAUCUGCAGUUGUCCGACAUUGGCGCUUACCAGUGCAAAGUGAAGAAGGCUCCUGGGGUUGCAAGUAAGAAAUUUCUGCUAACAGUUCUUGUUAAGCCUUCAGGUACAAGAUGCUUCGUGGAUGGAUCGGAAGAGAUCGGAAAUGACUUCAAGCUAAAAUGUGAACCAAAAGAAGGUUCCCUUCCACUGCAGUAUGAAUGGCAGAAGUUGUCAGACUCCCAGACAAUGCCUACUCCGUGGCUAGCAGAAAUGACCUCUCCUGUUAUAUCUGUGAAAAACGCCAGUUCUGAGUAUUCUGGGACAUACAGCUGCACAGUCCAAAACAGAGUGGGCUCUGACCAGUGUAUGCUGCGACUAGAUGUUGUCCCCCCCUCCAACCGAGCCGGAACCAUCGCAGGCGCUGUCAUCGGGACGCUGCUGGCCCUUGUGCUCAUCGGGGCCAUCCUCUUCUGCUGUCAUAGAAAACGCAGAGAAGAGAAGUACGAGAAGGAAGUGCAUCAUGAUAUCAGGGAAGAUGUGCCUCCUCCAAAGAGUCGGACAUCCACUGCCAGGAGCUAUAUUGGCAGCAACCAUUCCUCCCUGGGAUCCAUGUCCCCUUCCAACAUGGAGGGGUAUUCCAAGGCUCAGUAUAACCAGGUUCCCAGCGAAGACUUUGAACGUGCUCCUCAGAGUCCGACUCUGGCACCUGCUAAGGUAGCUGCCCCUAAUCUAAGCCGGAUGGGAGCGGUCCCCGUGAUGAUUCCAGCACAGAGCAAGGACGGGUCUAUAGUAUAGGACUCUGCACCUCUCUUUUCUGCUUUCCAUGGCUCGUUUCUUCUCUUGACAUAUCAAAACUCAUUCUGUUCUAAAUUUUGUUAACAGUAACCCAUAUGUGUGUGUGUAUGUGUAUCUAUACAUAUAUAUGUCUGUGUAUAUAUACAUAUAUAUAUAUACUCACACACAUGUGUGUGUGUGUAUAUAUAUGUGAAGAAGUUUAUAAGAAACAUGCUCCAUAAGAUUUUUUUUUUUUUUUUGUUAGAGUGAAACCUUAAAGGCUUAAGAGUAAUGGCAUUAACCAUCUGGAGAUUUUGGGGUUUCUUACCAAGUUGAUUUUAAGAGCAUCUACAUAAUAAUGCCAUUAUUGUAUAUCUUAAGAAAGAUAUAGCACUUUGAAUAUGAUAUCAUGGGUCAAGAAAUUUGCGAAUUUACAUACAUACCAAGUUGGUUCUUGAAUCAUCUGAAAGUGAUACUUUGUUGUUUCUACCAUUAUUUUUAAGAUAUCUGUCUCAUUUAUUUAUGAACAACAGUAUCUCUCAAAUUAAAAAAAAAAAAGUCCAUGGAAAAACUACUUAAUGUAUGAAGUUUUUAUAGUCUGAGAAUUCUUAAGUGUAUUUGAUUAUCUGUAAGAGUAGGAGACAUUACAGUUUAUUAGAAAUAACUAGUUUUAUUUCUAAGUCACUCAUAAACAUCUAUGGCAUGAUUUCUUUUUUUCUUUCUUUCUUUUUUCUUUUGUUGUUGUUUUGAGAUAAGGCCUCAGUCCGUUCGUUGCCUAGGCUGGCCUCAAAUCAUGAUCCUUCUGCUUCAGCUUCACAAUUGCUAGGCUCACAAGUCUGUAUUACUAUACUGGCUAUAGAACAGUUUAAGUAUUUAAACAAUACAGAGGGAACAGGAAGUAGUAACCUUUUGUGCACUACAAAAAGAAGCACCUUUCAGCUUCAGAAGCGUUUGCUUCUGCUACACACAGCUGAAACCCUUGAUGCAACACGGGUCAGAGUAGGAGGAAGAUCAAGGAGGAGUGUCUCUGCUUCAGGGCCUGUGGAUGGCUGCAAAAGUCUGACCAGGCAGGAUGAGGGGGCCAGAUUUGUCAGUCUGCAGCUGAACACUGCCUUUGUACUUUAGGUGAUGUUUUUGCAAUUGGAAAGGAAGGAAGGGAUGGAGGGAGGGACAGAGGGAAGGAAGAAAGGAAGGAAGGAAAGAAAACUGUUCAUUCACUUAUCUGGCAGUAAUGGAUGAGAAAUCUCAAAUUAUUGAUUUUUUUAUAUUUUUUUUGUGUUUUUGUUUUGUGGCAGACCAUACUGCAUAUUUUACAGUGUAGAAACAUGUAAUCUAGGCUUUUGAUUUGGAGUACGGUUCCUGGAGGCUGUUUUUCUCUAAGAGUCAGUGAACAAAGAUAUUUGAGGCAAGUUAAGUGUCUUCCACUAGUCCUGAAUUCCAGACUCGGGCAAUGUGCUUGAUGUCCUGUGGCCAAACCUGCCUCUUGAUAGCUGUCAGAGAUCAAGGUUGAGUCUUCGUUUUGUGAAAGUGACUUCCUCAUAAAAGAAAUUUUAAAAGGAGUAAAGGGAAUACUCCUAUCUGCCAAAUGUAUUAAAUAUAGUUUUCGUAGGAAAAAAAGUGAAUCUAUUGUAUAUCCCUUAAGAUUGUGAGGGAGUGUGUGUAGAAUGUAAUGAGCCAGCAUUUUCUUUAUAGUAGAUAAGGUCUGUGAUAAAAGAUUUCUUUACCUGCAAAACCUUUCCCCUAGGGAACUGGUCUCUGUUAAUCUCUUCAGGUGCGGUGCUGGUAAAUGCUACAUCAUAAAUUAAUGUUGGCAUGCAUUUACAGUUAGGCAGACUACUGUGUAUACUUUUUAAUGGUGAACUUAUACUGAAUGUCCAUGUAAUGGAUUCAUGUACAGUUUUACAUAUUUGGAAGCCUUUUUUAAAAGUAGGCUUAAGCCUCAUAUAAAAUUACCUUUUAUAUUUGUGUUGUUUUCAUCUGUGCCUUUUUAGGUAAUUUAAUUUCUACAAUGACUUUCUGGUGCCUAUGAGCUAGCUAUCACCUGCCUUGAAGGUGCUUAGAGUGAAGGUACUGUUUUCAGAAGCACAUCACUGCGGCUUCUUUCUACCCCUAGAGUCUCACUCAGUCUUGCCUUUUCUCCUCUGCUCUUCUUGAUGUCACUUAAAUGAUACCAUUGUUUAUUAGGAUUUAAAAGAAAUUCACACCCUCAGCACGCUUUGACUGUGUUUCUAGUUUAUAACCAUAGCCACGGUCAACUCUCAUAUGUUUGGCAUUUUUCUAAGAUAUUACAAGAAUAAACCGGAGUGUAGAUCUUGACGAUUUGUAGGUAGUGAAGAUUACGCUAGGUAGAAACUACGACAAAAGCAGAUGUGCAGAAUCUUUUCCUUAGACUUUGUAUUUAUUUAAAGGCAAACACAACCUAGAGUAUCCAACUACUUUUAGUCCAGAUCUGUAGCAACUGUAAUCUGAGAGAGAAGCUGGUUUAAAAAACACAAGAUAACACUGAAAACCAACAGGCCUGAAGGAUAUAGAACCGGACAUUGUUACGUUUUAGGCUUUGGUCUGCAGGCUUCUCAUUGUUAAGUCUCAGUUUACCCAAAGGCCAGAGGAGUACUAAGAAUUUCCCAGACAGUUCUCUGAUUUUGGUUGAACCAGGGAGCAAAUAUUUGCUCUAGAAUCAAUACUAGUGAUGGUCACCAGCUCACCAACUUUGUUGGUGCAUCUUAACGACAGAGCUAGUGUGAGUUCAGGGCCAGCACUGUCUCCAGAGCAGACCUUUCUGAUUCCACCCUGUAAGUGAGAAGCUUAACCCUUAUUUUAAUGUUCCAUAGGGUAAUCUGGAGAGAAAUGACACUACAGAUUCCAUAGUCUGUGUUCAUAUUCUGAAUAUAGACUAGUUUAUGGGUAUUACUAUUGAUAAUCUUAGUAGUGUUUUCCUGUUAAGAAGCCUCGCCUAAUGCUCAAAGUCUGGUAUUGAUUUUCAUGAUUUCUCAGUUACAUAGACAAAUACUUACUUAAAUUUGAGUUGUCUACCAAGGGUUUAUUAGUAUGGAAACACAGACUGAGUGUGUUUAGUAGGGACGAUCCAUAUCGAUCAUGGAAAUGCCUGAUUUCUGGUACAUGUGACUGCACAUCUGUGAUCCCAGAACUCAGGGGCACAGGAAGAUCAUGGAUUUGAGGCCAGUAGCCAGUUCAGAGCAGGCCUGAGCUACACCAAGAGACGUAACACCUGGAGACUGAACUCAAUGAUACAGUAUCUUAUCUCGAAUGGGCAAAAAGACCGAGGUUUGAAUCUGAAUUCUUUUAAGAAAUGAAUUUCAGACUGUGCCCUGGGAAUUAGAUUAAGUGAAGAGGCAAGUAAACUUUAUGGUUAGAAAAGAACUCACUGCAUGGAGUUGGCUAUUCUUUAAUGUGUGACUUAUUAAAUAACUACUGUCUGUGUAUACAGCAUGUAAAUUUGAAGCUAUGUGAAUGUUCAUAGGUUUCUGUUUUUUCUAAAAUAUUUUCAACCGUGUUUAGAGUGCUCUCAGCUGCCUUAUUUCAGUGUGAACAGAUAAUGUUCCUAUUUUAUGUGGCGAAUGCUUUAUUAACUGUGUCACUUACAGAGUAGUGUGUAGAAAACGGCUGGCACAAUUUUAAGUGGUUUGCAACAUUAUAUAUUAUAUAUGUACAUAUGUUUAUAACAUUAUUGUGUUUCAUAGUAUAAAUGUUCUGGGCAAGUUUUAGUAUUUCAAAUGCCUCUGGAUAUUCCAGCAAUAAAGGCAACUUGUUCUGCAGUCAAGUUUGCCUACUUUGACACUAACGUAAUCUGUAUUUGAGCAAGCAAGAAUCCUUUUGAAAAUAUUACAGAAAGACGGAAUAAAUAAAUUAGUGAAUUGUGGUUAUUUCUCCUUUAGGAAGGCCAACCAUUUUGUACCUUCCAGAACCUGACCCUAAUAAGUUCAAGCUUACAAAAUUUGUCCCAGUUUAUAGAGUCUAGAGGCCAUCAGUUUUGGGCUUCGUUGUUUAUUCAGACACUAAAACGUCUGCCGAAGGUGAGCUUUGGGAUUUCUGCUCAUUUGUUUAAUGACAUAGGUGCUAAGAGGACCACAAUUCACCAAUGGACUUAUUCUUGUUCCUACUUGUGAAUUUUGGCAAUAAACACAGCUGUAUUAAGAAUACUAAUUUGACACUCACAUUUGCAAAGUUAUUGGUAGUGUCAGUUUCAGAUUUUGUAUUUCAGAUAUCUGGCUUACAUAUCCAAUGAUGCAGAUUUUAAAGUUUGUAAGAACAAUUUUGUUUAAAAACAGAAACUUGCUCUUAGUUUUGUGACCUUGUGUACUUUUGAAAUAAAAUGAAGAAAGCAGUCCCCUGC